GAGUUGCAAGUCUCUCGUGUGAAAAGGUACUUUGUGUCACGUGAUAUCAUGAGUGAGAUACUGUUAAUACAAAUGAUUAUCUAAGGAAAGCAAAUAACAUUACAGAUCCAUAAGUAUCUUUAGUUUCCAUAUUUGUGUUACCAGGUAUGAUAUACAUUGAAGGAUCUUUGGGUUGGAGGGUCUCUUAUUUGGAUUUACUCCAAUCAAUAGCACCAUAAAAAAUUUAGUGAUUGCAUUAUCCUGUGAAACCAAUGGAUCGUUUUAGUACACGGUCCGUACGCAUUGGACCAAAAGUGCAUAAGAAUAAAAAUAUUGGGGACAAAUGGGGAUUAGAAUAUCACAAAGCUGUACAGGAUGUUGUAUUUAGCCAGCAUUGUUUACCCUUCAUGCCAACAGAACCAUCAGCAUCCUUGAGCGAAGAUAUUGUAGAAUCUGGUCCAUUAUAUGUGUGCAGACAUUGCAGAGAUUGUUUUCGUUUUCAAAGUAGUUUUGAGGAACACAAUGCACGGCAUUGUUGGAUUUUAGGGCUUUGGUGUCGUUAUUGUUUCGAUACAGUAUGUAAUCAUCCAGUUACCAGAAAAGGUUAUACAAAAUGUUCUGAAUGUUUAGAAAAAGAUAGUAAAAAACGCGCAUAUUUAGUAUCAAGAAGUAGUAUUUCAAGUAGACAGUUACGAGUGGGAGUUAUAAAAGUAUUCUACAAUCAGUGCCAAUUUAUCGAUCACAUGAAAAUGCAUCAAUUAAGCAUGGUAAAUAUGGGUGAUUUAAUGUUAAUUCCUCUACCUACUGACAUAAGCAGUAGUGAUUGGUCUUCUGAAUUUGAGAUACUGUGUGAAGCACUCAUGGAAGUGGCAUUUUUGUUACGCAUACAUAUUAUAGAUUGGUUAAAGGAGCAUAACUUGCAAGAUAAUUGGUGGAAACUGAUUAAUGGCAAAAGUAAUGACGCUAAGAUAAAGGAAAUUGUCGAUAAGUACCAUGGUCGACAAUUAUUCAAACCUUCCUAUAAGACAAUUACCGAUAUAUUUACGAAUUCCAGUUCUAACAUUACAUAUAAUGUUAGAAGCUCCCCGGAUAUUGAAUUUAUUGAUAACGAUUUCAUAGAUAAUAAUACAAAUAAUUCUGUUGAUUUAAUCAAAGAUAAGAAUAUCGUAGAAAAUGAAGAUAAUCCAUGUACAUCAACUGAUAUUACUUUUGUGGAUUGCGGUCCUACUUCACAACAUUUUGAACCAGAAAUACCAGUAAAUCGUAAGAGAACACAACAAUUAAAAACUUAUCGCCCAGCUAAUACUAUCAAAAUAAAUAAUAAAAUGAUGUAUGAAACUUCUAAGAAUCGCAACUCACACGAAACAAAUACGAUUCAUGAAAAUGUUAUAAAAAAACCUACUGAGAACAAUCUUAGUAAUCCUAGUAAUAUAACCAAAACUGGCGUUAACACAAUUAUGAACAAUUCAUUUAAGAUUAGUAUCCCAUUUUCUUCUAAGACAAGUUCAAUAAUUAAGACUAAUUUAAAUCAGUCGACACAAACAUCAAAUAAUAAGAUAUUAAAUGUCCAAGAUCCAAAGAAUAUUACAAUAAUUAACCAAUUUCCAUCUCAGCUUAUUUCCAACCAGAAAAUAGUUCUCGUUAAACAGAAUUCACAUAAUGUCGUGUCUCGCAGCAAUAAUGAAUUGACUACUAAAACAAAUUCAAGUAACUCAGUAGUAGAUAAUAACGGUUCCAAUACAUCAACACAGAAGAGAUCUUAUUCCAAUGUCAAGAAACAAGAAUCGGAUGAAAAAAUUAUAGUAAGUAAUGGACAAAAGUACGUCAUUAAACGUAUAAAAAACGCCACGAAAGCUACGAAACAACUGACGUCUGAACAUAACAUUUCAAAGCCAAAUGUUUUAAAGCCUACUAAUUCUAACGAAGUCGAAAACGGCACACUACAAACUACUUUACCUCCCAAGAAUGUUUCCAUCUCAACACCUUCGCCAUCUCCUAAAUUAUCCAAUAAUGAAUCACAUGUUAACAAAACUUCAAUUAUGCCAAAAUUACAAAAAAUGCCUCCGCAUUUAAUUCCAGUAUCUGCCAUGCAUCCGAGAUAUAUGUCGGAAAUAAUAUCAUUGAUUAAAGAAGAUAAUGGACAUCUUUAUAUGGAUGUAAAAUUAGUAGAUCGUAUUGCAAAAGAAAGCCUUCUUGCUGUGUGUGAUGUAAUAACAAAAUAUAGACGAGAAAUGUUUAAUGAAUUUUAUCAAAUGAAUAGCUUGGAAUUGAAUAAACGGCUGGAGCAUUUGCAAUGUAUUACUGAUGAAAUGAAAAAUGUUAUGAACUUCAUAUCAGACCACGUUUUUCAAGAAAAAUUAAGAGCUGUUAAUACUAUCAAAUGCAUAUUAGAAGAAUGUCUCAAUAAAUCUAACCAGAAUGUACAGGAUAAGGAAAUGAACGAUGAUAUAAUAUUAAACGAAUGGGAAAUAAAGAUAAAUCGAGAGCAUAAAUGUCUAUCAUGCUAUAGAUAUAGGAAACCUGAAUCAUAUAUAGUUGGCUUUUCAAAAUUGGCUAUGAAUGAGAAUAAUUAUUGUUCUUGCUAUAAAGAAGUUUGUCAAGAUUGUCAAUCUUACCAAGGUAGUGUUUCACGAUUUGUCGCACAUCAAAACUUCCAUAAGAAGAAAAAACCUUUUGUUUGCCCAGACUGCGAUUCCAAGUUUAAGUCUUCUAUAUCUUUAGAAGUUCACACAUGGACUGUUUGCUUUCAUACAUUGAGAAAGAUCACAUUUGGUUGUAAAAUUUGCGAAAUAGAUGGUUUUAGAGAUUUAGAAUCAAUCACCAGACAUUUUGUUGUCAUGCAUUGCAAUACAAAAAUUGGUUGCGAAGUUUGUAAUCGAGUAUUUGCCUCGUAUAAUGAGUACAUACAACAUCGUACAAAGACACAUCCGAUAACGACGCAGCACAAGCCAAUACGAUUAGUAAUAUAUAAAUUAAGUAAUGUAGUCUUACGUUGCGAGAAUUUCAUGCCAUAUUUGGAGAAGAACCCUGUAAUUCGAAAAUUAAUAUGGUUUAAAUGUCCUUUUUGUCAGUUAAUAACUACAGAUAAUAAACAUGUGGCGAUGCUAUUGAACACUCAUUUACGAAACAAUCAUGUAGAAUCCUUAUCAGAAAUUCUUAGUGAUAAAGCAUUUACUUUAAUUUUCGGUUUUAAAAUGACAAAAGCUGUUAUUUUAAAUGCUGAAAAAUCUCUUUUGAGUGGUACCAUAGUACCUAAAAUCGUAAAUACUCAAACUAUUAGUUCAGAAAUAUUUGAACGUGGCUCUCAAAAUAUGGAACAUGUAUGGCCUACAGAUACCAAGAAGGUUAACGAAAGUUCAGCAGUGAAGAACAUUGAAGAUAAGGAAAAAGGACAAUUAUUGCCAAAAAUAGUCAGCGUUGUAUCGAUGAAUGAUUUAAAGCCAUCCAAACCUGAGAAAGCAAUCACGAAAAUUUUAACUGAAACGAAGGCGAAGUCUCCUUUUUUUCAACUUAUAGUUAACAAUGACGGAAAAAUGGUCCCACAUGAAGAAACAGUAAUAGAAUUAAAUGAUAGCAAAUCUAAUAACAAGAAAAAGACAACAGAGAUAAUAAAGAUUGGAAAAGAUACCGAAUUGAUAAUGAAUACUUCACACAUCUCCGAAUUUGAGAAAAAGCCUUUAUUAAUGGACAUAGUUAGUAUUCCAAAUUCGUCAAUUGUAUCGAAUGAAAAAGUUUCAAGUUCCAUAUCCGAAGCAAUUACAGAUAACUGUAUAAAAAUAGUUGAUAUUAAAACAAUAUGUAAAUCGAGCAUCGAGUCACUCGUUACAGAAAUGUGCGAUACACAGACAAAAGAUGAAAAUGCAAGCAACGUGGGAUUCAUGCCAAAACCUCCUCCGCUUGCCAGGAUCCCACAGCAUUUACUUAAACCUAUGGAAAUUAAGUCGAAAAGUGAGCCGACUAAUGACUCAAAUUCAAAAUCAGAGUCUCUCGUCCAAAAAGCUGAUACCAACUCAAAAGUGCGUAUCGCCGUAGGAUCGCAAAAGGAAGAAGUUAAUUACCUAUGCCACUUAUGCAAAGAACGGAUUAAUACUUCUCAAUCCAUAAUGGAGGCACACUUUCGUGAAAAGCAUUCAGAUGAGUACAAAGUGACGAUAAUCACUCCGCGAUUAUCACGAAUGUCACAUAACUUUAUUAAUGGCGACUAUAAACAAUUUAUUAAUAAUAGGAAACGAAAAUCAGAUAACACUUUAUCUGUAACUAAAAGAAAACGUCGAUGGACGCAGAGAAAACAUACAGAAAUAAAGGAUACGAACCCACCAGUAGGAUUAUGUGUCAAGCAAGAAACGGCAGAGGACGAUGAAGGCAAUUUUAUAUGCAAGAAAUGUGGUCAACAAUGCUCUGACAUAUCCAAUUUGAGAAAGCAUAUUGCUGCCAAUCAUCGACUAAAGGGCCGUUACCUGAUAUGCUUAGAAUGUGGCGAGAACUUUGUGGUUGCACCCAGCUUGCAGAUGCAUCUUAAAGCUUUUCACGGCAUAGAAAAUCCUCUCAAUUAUAUGAAUCAAAAUCCCUCUUACGCUCCUAGUCUUGACAGUGACUUGCAAACGGAAGAGAAAACAACGGUAGCUAAUCAGUGCUAUGUCUGUAUGGCAGUUUUCGAAGAUAAAGCUGCAGUAGAUAAGCAUCUGAGGGUGCAUGGUAUGGCUUUCUUGAAUCGUAAGAGGAUAGAGGCAAGAAAUGCUUUGGAGAAAAAGGCCAACGUGGAGAAGAGUAAGCAAAAUGUUAAAGAUUCAAAGGAGACUGUAAAACAAGACAAACCGGUGAAAGCCAUCUUAGACAAAAUUAGUGCGGCAAUAUAGUUACAGAAGAUGAAACGUAUAAAAGAAAAAAAAUACGUGGAAGGGAGCAAUGCUGUAAUAUGAUGGAUUCAUUAAUCUUACUUAUAUGCUCAUUUCUGUAUAUUUGCGCGCCGAACCCUUCAUUAUUAUCACUAAAUAUUGCAUCAGUGAACCAUUAGAGUUCUUUUUUUCAUUAUCUUGUAAUAUAUUACUUUUUUUGUAAUACUAUUUAGGUAAGGAGGUAGAAAAUGAUUUAUUAUUCGUUAGGACGUAACGCUGCGAGCGAGAUAGUAAUAGAAUUAGAUAAUAGAUAAGUCUGACAAAAAGCA